GACUGGAAGAAUGUCUUUUCCACCUCAUUUGAAUCGCCCUCCUAUGGGAAUCCCAACCCUUCCCCCUGGGAUCCCACCUCCGCAGUUUCCUGGCUUUCCUCCACCUGUACCUCCUGGGACCCCUAUGAUUCCUGUACCAAUGGGCAUUAUGGCUCCUGCUCCGACUGUAUUAGUUCCUACCACAGUGUCUAUGGUUGGAAAACAUUUGGGAGUCAGAAAAGAUCAUCCUGGCUUAAAGAACAAAGAAAAUGAUGAGAACAGCGGUCCCACUACCACGGUUUUUGUAGGCAACAUUUCUGAGAAGGCCUCGGACAUGCUUAUACGGCAGCUUCUAGCAAAAUGUGGCUUGGUUUUGAGUUGGAAGAGAGUACAAGGGGCAUCUGGAAAACUUCAAGCCUUUGGAUUUUGUGAGUACAAAGAACCAGAAUCCACGCUACGAGCACUGAGACUACUCCACGACCUCCAGAUUGGAGAGAAGAAGCUGCUAGUCAAAGUUGAUGCAAAGACAAAGGCUCAGCUAGAUGAAUGGAAAGCAAAGAAAAAGGCUUCUAAUGGGAACUCCAGACCAGAGACAACGAAUGACGACGAUGAAGCACUGGAUGAGGAAACAAAGAGAAGAGAUCAGAUAAUUAAAGGGGCCAUUGAAGUCUUAAUACGAGAAUAUUCCAGCGAGCUCAAUGCCCCCUCCCAGGAAUCUGACUCUCACCCCAGGAAGAAGAAAAAGGAAAAGAAGGAGGACAUUUUCCGCAGAUUUCCAGUGGCCCCACUGAUACCUUAUCCACUCAUCACCAAGGAGGAUAUAAAUGCUAUAGAAAUGGAGGAAGACAAAAGAGACCUGAUAUCAAGAGAGAUCAGUAAAUUCAGAGACACACACAAGAAACUGGAGGAGGAAAAAGGCAAAAAGGAGAAAGAAAGACAGGAAAUUGAAAAAGAACGCAGAGAAAGAGAAAGGGAACGGGAGCGUGAACGAGAAAGGAGGGAGCGUGAAAGAGAGAGGGAGCGUGAACGAGAGAAGGAGAAGGAACGGGAGCGUGAACGAGAGCGAGAUAGGGAUCGUGACCGAACUAAGGACCGAGACAGAGACCGUGAACGAGACCGAGAUCGGGAAAGGAGUUCAGAUCGCAACAAGGAUCGGAGCAGAUCAAGAGAAAAAAGCAGAGAC